AUGUGGAAGCUCCCCUUCAUCAGCCUCUCCGCAUCCUACACCAAAGCAGCACUAACCUACAAAGGCACCGACUGGUCCUCCCUCCUAGUCGAAGAAGCCUCCGGCACAACCUACAAGAACACCAACAAUGCCGUCCAACCCUUCGAAACGAUCCUCCAAACCAGCGGCGUCAACACAGUCCGCCAAAGACUCUGGAACGACCCAGCAGACGAGACCUACAUCCUGACCUACAACCUCGAAUUAUCACAACGAGCCCAGGCCGCGGGUCUGAAUGUAUACCUGGACUUCCAUUUCAGCGAUACCUGGGCGGACCCGGCGCAUCAGAGCACGCCUUCUGCCUGGCAGGAUUAUGGGAUCGAUGAUUUGGCGUAUGCAGUGUAUAACUACACCUUAGCCACCAUGAACGCGUUCCAAACCGCCGGCAUCCCCCUCAGCCUCGUCUCAAUCGGGAACGAAAUCAGCGCGGGUCUCCUCUGGCCAUUAGGAGACAUGAGUACCUCGGAUGGACCUUACAAUGUAGCUCGACUGCUCCACUCUGCUUCGGCAGGGAUAAAAGACUCUGAUUUCACGACGCAACCGAAGAUUCUAAUCCAUGUUGACGACGGAUGGGAUUACGAUAAGCAAGAAUGGUGGUACGACACUAUCCUCGCCCAAGGACCAUUGACGGAUCAAGACUACGAUGUUCAGGCAGUGUCGUAUUAUUCUUUCUACAACUCUGCCGCUACGCUUGCGGCGCUGGAGGCGAGUCUGACGCAGUUAAGGGGGGAGUAUGGGAAGGACGUGAUGGUGGUUGAGACGGAUUGGCCUACGAGCUUUCCGAACCCCAGUGAGGCGUUUCCCAGCGAUGUUGAGGAGAUUCCAUUCUCGGCUGCUGGGCAGAGCGAGUGGUUGGAGAAGGUUGCUGAUGUUGUGGAGGAUGCUGGGGGGAGUGGGUUGUUUUAUUGGGAGCCGGCUUGGUUGGGGAAUGCUGGGUUGGGGAGUAGUUGUGAGGAUUUGUUGAUGUUUGAUUGGGAGGGGAGGGCGUUGAGUAGUGUGAGUACGUUUGGGUCCCUGUGA